AUGACAUCUAUAUAUAUCAAAAAUAAUAUAAUUUCAUCAAUUUUUAAAAUCCUUUUUUCUUCAUAUUUCACCACAAAAUCGUUUGGUGAUAGUGGUGGUAGUAGUGGUAGUGGUGGUAGUGGUGGUAGUGGUGGUAGUAGUGGUAGUGGUGGUAGUGGUGGUAGUGGUGGUAGUGGUGGUAGUGGUGGUAGUGGUGGUAGUGGUGGUAGUAGUGAUAGUGGUGGUAGUGGUGGUAGUGGUGGUAGUGGUGGUAGUGGUGGUAGUGGUGGUAGUGGUGGUAGUGGUGGUGGUAAUAAAUUUGUGAGGAAAAUACCAAUUUGA